AAAAUAAAAAGUGUUUUCUGUAGUCGCGUGCAUAGGUGUUAUUUACUUUCACCGAUAGACGUCGACACACGCAUCACCGAUCUUAGACGUACGUCCCGUAUGAGAACCGUGCGUUAGACAAGGACGGUUGACGAAAAACCGACAGUACAGAACGCGUGCGAUUCGAUCCAUGAACAACACAACCUAUGCGAGUGGUUCCGCCAUUGUCGCGAUCGCGCAACGCCAUAUUUGAUCGUCCAUUCGUAAACAAAGCGGGCCGGCAGGAUAAUUUCUAAUCGCCAUGGCCGACCAAGGCAUGAUGUGCGAGGUUGAGAUGCAGCCCGAGAUACAGGAGUGCGUCGAAAUCGAGGCGAUACCGGUCGACAUAUCGGACACGGUCGAAACGAUCGUGGAGUGCGGCGGCGAGCCAAUGAUGUCGAUGCAGGGCCUGGAGGGCCGAGACAUCAUCCUGGAAGCGCAGGAGGAAAUCAUCGAUGAUUCGGGCGAUCCCCUCAGCCUGUACGAGGUACCGGUGCCGGAUGGCUCCGACCUUUACGUCGAAUCGUCGCCCGGACCGUCCGGCAAACGGAGACGCCCGCCCAAGGGCAGAAACGUGCUGGGGCGUCGCGACAACGAGCUGUUGCUCAGCGAGUGUCACGCGGUGGAACAGAAGCCUCGGAAAUGGGAGCAGAAGCAGGUGCAGAUCAAGACGAUGGAGGGCGAGUUCUCGGUCACUAUGUGGGCAUCUGGGGCCUCUGACGAUGAGGGCUCAAACCCGGAACCGGAUCCAGACUAUACUGAAUACAUGACCGGUAAGAAGAUACCAGCCGACGGGAUCCCCGGCCUGGAUUUGUCGGAUCCGAAGCAGCUGGCCGAGUUUGCGAGGCCCGGUCUCAAAAGCCCGAGAGUCAGACGACCCAAUCAGGACACCACCGAUCGGACCAUCGCUUGUCCGCACAAGGGUUGUAACAAGAUGUUCCGUGACAACUCUGCGAUGCGCAAACAUCUGCACACGCACGGACCGCGUGUCCACGUGUGCGCCGAAUGUGGCAAGGCCUUCGUCGAGUCCAGCAAAUUGAAACGCCACCAGUUGGUGCACACCGGCGAGAAACCGUUCCAGUGCACGUUCGAGGGCUGCGGCAAACGUUUCAGUCUCGACUUCAAUCUUAGGACACACGUUCGCAUUCACACCGGCGACCGACCGUAUGUGUGUCCGUUCGACGGAUGCAACAAGAAAUUUGCGCAGUCCACAAACCUGAAGAGUCACAUUUUGACACACGCCAAAGCAAAGUCGCGAAACAACGUGGCGAGAACGACGAACAACAUACAACUGAUGCAGCCGCAUUUCGUCCAGGUGGAAGUGGCCGAUCCCGAAUACAUCGUCUACACUGAUUAAUUUGGUCAUCAAUUAUAGGUAUUGAGAACGUUUUACGCAAGUGUACAUAUUGAAAUAUUUGGACGCAAAAAAUGACUGUAAACGUAAACGGUUGUGUCGCGUUUUUUCCUGUGGAAAUGGACGAAUCGGAUUAGUUUUUGUAUUUUACUUUGAUCAAGUACAAAAAUAGACUGAAUGUGAGAAAGUUCGAUUACAUUUGUUUGUUCGUUUCGAGUGUUAAUUUAAAUAAAUGUUUUCGAUUGUUUAAUAAUCGGGAAUUCAUCAAUAGAUUAAUAAUUGAUUCAGUUACGGAAAUUGUUUAUUUAUCUUAUCGUUUUAGGCUGUAAGUUAUUGUAAUAUACUUGAUAUGAUAUAUUUCUUAAUGUACAUAAAAUGAAUACAUUCAAAGAGUAAUAAAUAAUUUUUCAACUAA